UUUCCUUUCUCAUGGCAUGAAGUGGACGCCCAUGUUCUGUUUCCUUUCUCACUUGCCAUUCAUUCGUACUUUCAUAGCAUGAAGGACGCUCUGAGUGAAGAGCAGAUUGCUGAGUUUCUGGAAGCCUUCCGUCUUUUUGACAAAGAUGGGGAUGGUAUCUAUCUAUCUUAUAUGCAUAUCACGUUCUUCAACCUCUGUUUUCUUGCUGUUCAUGAAAAAGGCUGUAUAACCAUGGAAGAAUUAGGCAGUGCCAUCAGAUCAUUGGAUCAACAUCCUACCCAGGAAGAGUUGCAAUUUAUGAUCAGCCAAGUGGAUGCAGAUGGCAACGGAACCAUUGAGUUUGGAGAGUUCUUGAAUCUCAUGGCCACCAAAACCAAGGAAGCCGAAGCCGAAGCAGAAGAGGAAUUCCAAGAAGCUUUCAAGGCGUUCGACAAAGAUCAGGAUGGUUACAUAUCCCCCUCCGAGCUGAGGCAUGUUAUGAUAACUGUGGGAGAGAGGGUGACGGAGGAGGAACUUGAGCAGAUGAUCAGAGUGGCUGAUUUGGACGGCGAUGGCCUGGUGGAUUACCAAGAGUUUGUGAGGAUGAUGCUGGCUGUUUAAUUAUUUAUAUCAAUCAAGUCUUCAUUACGCUGCCUCGGCUGUGAUUAAAAGCAUCAUGUCGUUACAUCUAUCCUCCGCGUUGUGUGUAUUUCGACAAAAAGUAUAAUUCGUACAUCUUUUGUUUUAUUUAAUUCUUUCCCUUUAAUAGGAACUCCAAUUUCAUUAUCCCCCAUCAUUCCCUCUAUGGAGCUCACUUAAUUCUAUUAUACAUCUCAUCAAUGAACUCUGUUAAAAUUACUUGAUAUUUUCAAUAAUUACCAAUAUUUAACUCAA